GUCCUCUUCACUAUUACUACAGCAAUAUGCCUCCACCAUCAGACCACAACUAUUUACAGAACUGAUUCCAUCCAACAAUAACACACAAGAUUACAGUUCAGCCUAAAAAUCAUGUAGCAAGCAGCAAUGGCAGAAUCCAGAGAUUACGUUGGGGACUUCCUGACAGAAUUCAAGGAGCAGAUAAUUGCGAGAGCAACUCGGGUCAGUGACAUUGCUGAGGCUGUUAUCUCCCAAAGUCUGAUCCAUGAAGCGGCGGUGGCUCAAGUGCAGGCUGCUCCAACCCAGCAGGAGGCAAUGCGGCUCCUGUUUGAGGCUUUGGAAAGACAGCCACCCCUAAACAGAGUGUCCUUCCAUCUCAUCCUCAGAAUGACAGAGCCUGAACUGAUUCGAGAACUAGAGUGGAGACAACGUAACAGCAAACACACACAAACAGAGAGAAGCAGUCCACCCAGUCCUCCCAGAGAAAAAAGAAGACAGGAUGACAAGAACGGGCAUACAAGUGACAUCCACAAGAGAAAAGAUUCUCUUAAAAGGCGUAGAUUGGAAACAAUGCGCGCCAUUGAGCAGAUCGAAAAACUUUGGGAAGGAACUAAGCAAGAAAGGACUGAGAUAGACAACAUGAGGCAGAGGAUUCAGCGACAGCAAGAUGAGAUAGCAAGGAUGACCACAGAGAAAAGACAACUUGAGAGAACUAUUACUCACAUGAAGGCUGAGAUGGACCACAUUCACGAAAGAAUGGAUCGGAAUAAAGAAGAGGUAAACAGAGAGAGGGAGAGGAUUGAGCAAAUGAGAUCUGACCUACAAACUGAGCAAACCACCCUGGAGCAAAAGCGUGAUGAAAUCAUGAGAGAGAAACAGAACUUGGAGAUGAUCAGAUAUGAGACUCUGAGACAGAAGGAGGAGGUGGAAACCAACCGUGAAAGCACAAAGUACGAGAUGGAACGAAUGGAACAAAUGAAAAGUGCCAUACAAGUUCAGAUCAAUGAGAUUGAGACGAAGAUUGAGGAAACGCAGAAAGCAAAGUGUCAGAUGGAGGGGAUGAAAGCUGAAAUAGAGGAGGAGAAAAGCGAGUUGGAGAGAAAGAAGUACGACAUCAAGAGGCAAAGAGACCAGUUUGAGCAGAUUAAAGCUGACAUACAGCAAGUAAAGAUGGAAAUGGAGCAAAGGUGGCAUGAAACAGAGAAAGAAGGGCUGGAACAGAGAGCUAUAAUCCAACGUGAGAAAGAUGAGCUGAAACACCUGCAAGACGAGAUUCAAAGAGCAAGAGAAGAGGUUGAGAGAAACAGAGAGUUUUCAAAACAAGAGAAUGAGAGAAUAAAACAGCUGAGAGCUCAAGCCCUUACAGAAAACAACCUCAUUGAAAAUAAAUGGCAAGAUGUCUUAAGAAAAGAAAAAGAGCUGGAAGAGAUGAAACAUGAAAUUGAGAGAAGUCGAGAGGAGCUGGUGAUGAAUGGAGAACUGGUCAAAAAGGAAUGGGAAAAAAUCGAACAGGCCAAAGUGGACAUAAAAAAUCACAUGAUAUCUAUGGAGGUCAGAGUUGAGGAAAUAAAAAGAGAAACUGAUAGGCUGCAACACAUGAAAACAGAGAUGCAUAAGGACAAAGAUAUAAUAGAAAAACAAAAGGAUGAUGUACGGAAAGCUAAAGAAGAAAUGGAGAAGAAGAGGUAUGAGAUAGUGACAGAGGAGCUAGAGCACAGAGCUCGACUGCAGAGGGAAAGAGACGAGCUGGAGGGUGUAAGAGGAGAGAUACAAAGGGCUAAUGAUAUGGAGAAAGCAAAGAUACUGAAAGAGAAGGAAGAGAGUGUUAAGAUAAGAGAGGAAGCCAGACAAGAAAGAGAAAUGACAGAACUAAUCAAAGCAGAGAUCAAGGCUGAAAAAGAUAGCUUGAACCGAAGGCAAGAGGAAAUGCUAAGGGAGAGACAAGAGCUAGAAAGAAUUAAACGUGAGACGGACAGAGCCAAAGAGGAGAUUGAGAACAGCCAAGAAGUCAUAAUCCGAGAAAAUGAGAAAAUGGAAAAAAUGAAGGCUGAGAUUCAAGGACAAAUUGAAGAUAUUGAGAAGAAGGUUGAGGAGAUCCAAAAAACAAAAGAAAAAAUGAAGGAGACAAAGGCUGAGUUGGAGGAAGAGCGUGAGGAGCUGGAAAGAAAGAGAGAACUGGUGAGAAGAGAGACCGAGCAGUGUGAGUUCCUCAGAAGUGAAAUCCUCAGGGUGAAGGAGGAGAUGGAGAGCAGGUGGCAUGAAACGGAGAAAGAGGAAGUCGAACUCAGAGCAAAAACUCAGCAUGAACUGGAAAAACUAGAAAUGUUAAGGGACGAGGUCCAAAGAUCCCAGAAAAUCACUGAGGAGAGCAGGAUGGAGCUCAUGCAGUGGAACAACAGUCUUGAAAUAAUGAAGGCUCAGGCAGAAGAAGACAAACUUGCUGCUAUCAAACUGAUGGACAAGGCCAAAGCACAGAGAGAAGAGUUGACAAAAAUGAUAGAACAGAUGGAGAAAGAGCGAGGAGAGAUUAAUAACAGCAGAGAAAAGGCUAAACAAGAAGCAGAUUAUAUCGAAAGCAUGAGAAAUGAGCUACAAAGACAACAGGCAGAAAUAGAGCACAGCAUUAAAGUCGCAAAACAAGAAAAAGAGGAGGCAAACCAUGCCAAACGUGCAGCGCAAGAGGCUGAGAUGCUCUUUAAAAAGCAAAUGGAAGAGUCUGAAAAGAGACGUUAUGAAACCAUAACAGAGACAUUGGAGCAAAGAGAUGAAAUUCACAAAAAAACUAAGGAGUUAGAACAAAUAAAUGAGGAGAUACAAAGAGCCAGACAUGAGCUAGAAAAGUUGAGGGAUUCUGAAAAAGAGAGCCUGCAGAAAAUGUUGGAGGAUACACAGCAAGAGAGAGAGUUUGUAGAGCAAAUCAAAACAGCUUUGUUGAAGGACAAGGAAGUUCAGGAAAAGCAUUUAGCUGAGAUAGACGAGGAGAGAGAGGAGCUCAAACAGAUUAGAGUUCAGGUCCAGAACGAGAAGAAAGAUCUAGAAAGACGAAGGUAUGAGAUGAUGAGAUAUGAUGUAGAACAGGGUGCUCAGGUGCAGAGACAAAGAGAAGAACUUGAGAAAAUCAAGUCUCAGCUAGUUGUUGACACAGAGACAAUAAACAGAAGCAGAGAGUUGGCGCAACAAGACAGAGAGAAAGCUGAACGUCUUAUGGUUGAGAUCCAGGAACAAAGAGAGGAAGUGAAUAAAAGGUUAGAGGAGACAAAAGGACGAGAGGACGCUUUGAGGAAGAUGAGAGAGGACAUGGAGCACGAGAGAGAAGAUCUGGAGAAGAUUCGUGUGGAAACAAUGAGAGGGAAAGACACGUAUGAAGAGGUCAAGGAUGAGAUUAACAGAGUGAGAGCGGAGAUAGAGAGGUUGUGGGAUGAGGCUGAAAAGGGAGAGCAGGAGGAACGUGAGAGGAUGAACCGGGAGAAGGAUGAGAUGUUGAGGAAGAUGGAAGCUAUGAAGAAGGAGAUGGGUGAGAUUGAAGACACGAAGGUGGAGUUAACAAAACAGAAGAAGGACAUCGACAUAAAGAUGGAAAAAGCAAGGGUGGAAAUGUCUAAACUUGAAGAGAUGAAAGCAGAUCUGCAAAAACAGAAAGGAGAUAUUGAAAUCCAGAUGAUGGAAGCAAAGACUGAGAGACACCAGAUGGAACUGAUGAGGACUGAGAUCCUAAAACAAAAAGCAGAUGUUGAAAGGAAAAUGGAGGUAGCAAAAGCAGAGAUGGACAAAAUGCAGCUUGUCAAAGAGGAAAUACAAAGACAAAGAGAAGAGCUGGAAGAAAGGAUGCAGAAAACCAAACGAGAGAUUGGAGAAAUGGAGCUGAUGAAGAGAGAAAUGGAAGGGAAGAAGAGAGAACUUGACCAAAGGAUGAAAUUGACCAUGAGGAAAAAGGAUGAGAUGGAACGACUGAAGAUGGAGAUACAAAGUGCAAAGGAUGAGAUGGAACAGAAAAGAGUAGAGACAGAGAGGCAGAAGUAUGAAAUGGAGCAAGUUAAAGCUGAAAUCCAAAGAGCGAGAGAGGAGUUUGAACUGAGGAUGGAGGAGAGAGAUUUAGAGGAAGAGAAAGGACAGAUGAACCUGACAAUAAUCAACCUCAUUCAGCAGAUUGAGGCGACGAGAGAAAUGGUGCGGAGAGCAAAAUUCCAGAUUGAAAGCCGAAUGGCAGGAAGUCAGAUGGAGACGACAGACCAACAGGAGAUGAAUGCUGAGAUGCAGAGGCUCAUUCUGGAGAUUGAACACAUCCGUGAAAUGCUGCGAAGUCUUAAGGCUGAGGUGGAACACAACAAGGAAAUGAUGAAGAGAGAUAGGGAUGAGACGAGGCUGUUGAAGAAUGAAGUUCAACGAAGGAGAAGAGAGAUUGAAUACAGAGAAGAAAGAAUCAUGAGAGAACGAGAUGAACUAGAACUCAUGAGAAACAUGAUGCAGCGCCAAAGAGAGGAACUGGAGGAGAGGCUGGAAGAGACCAUUAAAGAGAACGAUAAGGUGGAGCAGAUGAGAGAAGAUGUGAAAAAUGCUUUGGAGGACAUAGAACAAGCCAAAGAAGAGAUAAAGAGACAGAAAGAACUCAUUGCUCAAGAAACGGUUCAACCAGCCAUCAUUCCAACCGUGAGUCGAGAGUAUGCAAAAACAGAAGAACCAGAAGCCAUUAAAGUGGAAGAUCUUUUGAGUGAUAUACAGAAAGAAAGACAAGAACUGGAACAAUACAAAGAAAUAAUUUUAAAAGAGAAACAUGAACUAGAGAAGACAAAGGAGGAUGUACAAGCGGUGAAGAAUGAAGCAGAAGAGAGGAUGACAAAACUACAAGAGCAGGAAAAGGAAAUGGAAAAGAAACGAGCAAAUCUACAAAACUGGGAAAGACUACUGCAAUCAGAGAGAGAAGAGAACCAGAGAGGUUUAGAUGUAAUAUGGAAAGAGAAGAAGCAGCUAGAACAAAGAAAAAAAGAACUAGAGAGCAUGGAAAUACAUCUUCAGAGAGAGAAACAUGAAUUGGAAAACAACAAUGAUGGAAAUUAA